GUUAACGACAACCCCGGUGAGUCUAAGCGCCAUUUUUGAUUUUGUGUUUUUGUAAAAUCAGGGCUAAAUACUUAAUGGAUCAACAAUCAUGGACAUGGACUUAUCAGCCAAUAGAGAUGGAACAUCAUCAAUGAUAGGACAGUUUGAGAUAUUUUGUCAAAAGGCAGCUGACACAUAUAAGCAGCAUGUUCAAGAGCUAGAGACACAGAAGUCAGAUCUCAUCACAAAAUAUGAAGAGUGUAACAGAGAAAUAGACAGGCUGAGUAGCAAGAUCACUUGUCUUGAAGAGGAGAAUGUAUCAUUGAAAAGACUGAAUGAGACAUUAAUAUCAAAGCAUGCUAAACUACUGCAGAAAAAUGGAGUCAGCACCAAUGGGGCACAGAAUAACAUUUUGAGGGAACGAGAUCAGCUGAGAGAAUUUCCAGAAAUAAAACAAGCACAUCUUAAAGUCCUUGGGGGGAACCACGUAUGUGCUAAAAAUGAUGGAUCCCAAAGGAUGGAACAGUUACGAAAUGCUCCUCUGAAAGACCAAUUAGCCAGUCAAACAAAACAAGGUCAAUUGGAUGAAGAGAAUGAUGGGUUAUCUGAAAAUACAGAAUGUUUGGAGAAAAAGCUAAAGCUACGCAAAAAUAAUCUGAGAAAGAAAAGAUACAAAGAGGAGAAGUCCCCACCAGAACUAAAGAGGAAAACUACAUUCACUGAACAACCUAGUGCUGCGAUUAAGAAAUCCCGCCUUGAAGCAGACCUCUACGUACCUGAGACAAUGGACUUAGAUAUGGAAAUACCAACAAGACUGGUUAAAAGUGAGAAAAAAUCUGCAAUAAUCAUUCCUGAAACUGUUCCUAUGGAUAUACUAGAUGAAGUGGACUCAAUGGAAUAUACACCAUUUUCUCAAUCGAAUUCUCAAAUGAAUUUAAAAUGUCUGAAAAAACAAACUCAAGUUAAUGAUGUGGACUCAAGAACAUGUAGGUCAUUUAAACCACCUCCAAUAGCUCCAUCAUUAUCCAGUACCCCAAUAGAGGUAAAAUCCCAGAAUGCCGUGAAACCAACAAGUUCUUUACACAUGACUGAAUUCAGUGCAAUAGCCCAUGAUAGCGAUAAUGAAUCUGAGUCAGAUGAAAUGAGUACAAGGAUUUUAGAUAAUGCUCCUGCUUCCCCUCCCAGUUCACCCGUAUUUGGAAGCAACAACAACACAUCUAGUGAACAUGCCUUGCCAAACAUAACACAUUCCCCAUUGUUCAAGGAUGAGCAUGACCCAGAUAUCAUAGAAAAGACUGCCAGUUUCAAUAUUGAAAAACCAGAGAUAUCAGGCAAUGAUAUCAAUACAAGAAAAGACAAGCCCCCGCUGCCACCAAAUAUUGAAUCACUCUUUGAACCACCUGAGGAAGAAUCGGAUUCACAGUCACCAUUACUCCUGAAAAGAAACCAGAAUAAAAAUUCUGUUAGGGUUGGAGUUAAAAACAAUACAGAAACAUCCAAAUCUUCUCCAUCUGUGCUAAGUGGAAAGUCAAAACCGUUAACAAACGCAACAUAUGAAGAAGAUCAAGAGCCACAUGAUUGGUUACGUAAAACGAGGUCAAACACAAAACAUUCACAAAGCUCAUCUCAAGGUUCAAAACACUCACAGGAACAACUCUCAGGGCAUGUAAAACCAAAGGGGAAAUCUAAAAGAAAAGUUAAAAAAGAUGAUAAAAAUCUUCUUCAGACAACAAUGACUCAAUUAUUUGACUCAGUGGAGAAGAAAAAGAAAUCAAAGCGAAAUCAAAAUAAAUCAGAUGUUCUUGAAACCAAAUUUCACAGUUCACAAAGUGAAAACAAAAAUAAGUCAAAAGAAAGUCGAAACAAUGACAGUCCAAGUAAGAAAGAAACAAGUGCCGACAAAUUAAAGUUUGAUAGAGAAUUAAGAGCAGCAAUGAGGAACUCUUUAAAGGAAACAACUAACAUAACUGAUAAUGUAACUGAUAACCCAACAUUAGAAAACACAAGGGAUGAGACUAAUCUACCACAUACUGACAUUAGAAAUGAUCAACUUGAUACAUAUGACUCUGAUGAAACAUGCAUCACGCAACACAACAAAUCAAGAAAACUAAAGAAGAUAGAGAAAGAAAAACUAGUCAAUAGAGACAAUAGUGAACAUGGAUUCAAUUUCAAAAAGCCAUGUACUCCAAAGAAAUGUAUUCAAUCUGAGAACUUGUCUCCAAGAAGGAGUCCAAGAUUGUUAAAACAUCACCAUGAUCAGGAAAAUGAUGAGGGCUCACUUCCUGAUAUUGACAUUAAUAAAAAGUUAAAAGGAAAAGUGAAACGUAAGAUCUUGAAGUCUAAGAAAAAAUUAGAACCAAGUUUAAACAUUGAACCCUCUAAUCCUGGACAUAUAGAUUUAAAUGGGACCAUUGAUCCAAACUUGAGACUGACACAGUUUGAGGAUUCAAAUAAAGAUGGUGCUGUUGCAACUAUUGUUGCCAUGGAAACGUACAAUUCUGAUAUGAGCUCUGAAUUUCUUGACCAGCCUGGGAAUAUAGGGACACCUGUAAUAGGACCACCUGUUGAGUUAGAGGGGUCUGAAAUGGAGAAGUCCCAAGCCAUUUCCUCAUCGUGUGCGAGUGUAACAUUUGGUCGGGUGUCCACUCACUUUGAAAAUCAUGAAGAAGACCAGGAUGAGAGCUCUCAGGAUAUAUUUGGUGAAAAUAAAGGAGAGGACAGAAAUGAUGCUACCUGUCCUAUGGAAUCCUUCCAUGACAGCUUUGACCAGUUACCCAAACAGGCAGAUGGAAAGCCUGACUAUGCACAUGUGGAGGUGGUCAGAAAACAUGCUGAGCGAAGGAAACUUAAAGGAUUCUGUUGUAAAGAGUGUGCUAAGUAUUUGGAUACUCUAGCCUUGACAGAUUCACAGAAAAAGGAGCGUUUGAAGGCGCAAUCUCGCCACCGUGGCCAGUUUGAAGCUCCCAGCACCCCAGAGCACUUCUGGUCUAUAGGCAUGCAAGAUACACCUGAAGUUUUAGAGAAUGAGUAUGGCGGCUACAUGGCAGUGGAGACAAAGAGUCAGGUGAAAGAGAGGCCACGGAGACGUCGUCCCUUCAACAAGAUGUUUACAACAGAAAGGGAAGACAAUCAAUUGAAUGAUGAUGAUGAACAGUCAGAAAAUGAAAGUCCACUUGAGGACUUGUAAAAAUUGAGUUUCAGUAUACAUGUACUAUAUUGAGUACAUGUCAGUAACACUUGCCUAAUCUGAACGCCACUUGGGCCAGCCAAAAUGUUGAGAUUAGUGGGUGUUCAGUCAUUUGAGAAUUUUUUCUAAUAAUUUAUUUAUGUCCAUGGAGAGACCAAGAAAAAGUCUUCAUAUUAGAAAGGU